CAACAACAACAACAACAACAACAUGGGAAAUUGUUUUAAAUCCCAGUCCAUCGAUGAUCUGUCGUUGCUGAAUGAUUCGGGGAGUUUUAAUGGGGAAAUAAGCGCAGGAGGUUCUCCAGAGACUGGACAUUAUCCUCCCAUUUACCAGGAGCAAGUGCAAGUCCCAGUUUAUCACCCGACCCCCAGCCAGACCUGCCUCGCCACGCAGCUAACAGAAGAUGAGCAGAUAAGGAUUGCCCAGAGGCUUGGCCUGAUCCACCAUCUCCCCAAAGGCACCUUCACCUCAACCAAAGACCCGCAGGACAAGACAGGCAAUGAGUGUGUGAUAUGCAUGAUGGACUUCGCCUACGGGGACCCCAUCCGAUUCCUACCAUGUCUUCACAUCUACCACGUGGAGUGUAUAGACGAGUGGCUGAUGAGGUCCUUCACUUGCCCGUCCUGCAUGGAGCCAGUGGACGCUGCCUUGCUCUCGUCCUACGAGACCCACAGACCUUGACCUAUAUCGGGGCGGGGUGGGUGGGGGGGUGGGGGGUCCAAACCUCUCUGCACUUUGAAUAUCUUUGCUGCCGAUGGGGGAAAUAAAUUGGGGAAGACCUUGCACUUA